AAAUUGAAAUGAUGGAAUGAUAAAACUGUUAUCUAAAACAUGAUAACGAUCUGGAGCAAAGCAUGUGGAUUGUCGCAGAGACUCCGCGAAUCUAGAUUUUGAUUCGUGCAGUGCAGUGCAGGUUCUCAUAAUAUUCUCCGUACACCAUAUUAAGCACUCACACCCACACCCCUCACUGCUCAUCAACUUGUAACUCCGCAAAACUUUCAAUUUUUAAAAGCUCAUAUUUUUGUUUGAAGCAAUAACCCCUUUAAGAUGAGGCCAAAGAUUUUUCUUUUCGGCGAUUCAAUCACCCAGGAUUCAUUUGCUGAAGCUGGAUGGGGUGCUUCUCUUGCCAACCAUUUCUCCCGCUCGGUAGAUUUGAUGCUCAGAGGGUAUAGUGGCUACAACACGAGGUGGGCGUUGAAGGUGUUGGAUAAGGUUUUCCCUGCAACACAAGAUGGUGAUGGUGGAAUGAAUGGAGCUCCACUCGCUAUCACUGUUUUCUUUGGUGCCAACGAUGCUUGCCUUCUAGAUAGAUAUGGAGCUUUUCAACAUGUGCCUCUCCUUGAGUAUAAGCAGAACCUUCACUCCAUUGUGUCCUUCUUCAAGAAGCGAUGGCCAACAACCCAUGUUCUCCUCAUAACACCUCCUCCAAUCGAUGAAGAAGCACGUCUUAGAUAUCCAUUCGCAGACAAUCCACAGGGCCUUCCGGAGAGGACAAAUGAAGCUGCUGGUGAGUAUGCUAGAGCCUGCAUUGCUGUGGCUGAAGAAUGUGGAGUUCCUGUGAUUGAUCUCUGGACUAAAAUGCAGCAGUGCCCUGACUGGAGAGAUUAUUUAUGUGAUGGUUUGCAUCUCACAAAAAGUGGCAAUCGAGUUGUUUUUGAGGAGGUAAUCAUGAAGCUGAGAGGCAAAGGCCUGAGUCUAGAAUCUAUACCAGUUGAUCUCCCACUAAUAGCUGAUAUCGAUCCUAAUGACCCUCUGAAGUCAUUUCAGUAAUAAUAGAUUAUAGAUUAUACAGUAGGGGCUAUUAUUAUGCCUUCUGCUGGCUUUGUUGUGCUUCUGCCAUUACAUGUUAAUUGAGUAAGUUACCUGAUAAUAUUUGGAUCAUCUUUUGUUGUUGCUAUUAUCUACUAGAAAACCUCUUCAAUAAUCAGGGUGUUUUUUGUGUUAGUUUA